GCCAGAUGUUUUCCGGAAGUGAUUGCCUUAGGGUCACAGCGCAGGCGCAGGAUACGCGUGGUGUGGCGCGAGGGAGAGGCGCGCAGUUUGCGGGGUCUCUGCGCGGCUCUGCCGGCGAGGUUGCGGCGAGUGCGUCAUGUCAGACAACGAGGACAAUUUUGAUGGUGAUGACUUUGAUGACGUUGAGGAGGAUGAAGGACUAGAUGACUUGGAAAAUGCCGAGGAGGAGGGCCAGGAGAAUGUGGAGAUCCUUCCCUCCGGGGAGCGGCCACAGGCCAACCAGAAACGAAUCACCACCCCGUACAUGACCAAGUACGAGCGAGCCCGAGUGCUGGGGACCCGAGCACUCCAGAUCGCGAUGUGUGCCCCAGUGAUGGUGGAGCUGGAGGGGGAGACGGAUCCGCUGCUCAUCGCCAUGAAGGAGCUCAAGGCCCGGAAGAUCCCCAUCAUCAUCCGCCGCUACCUGCCCGACGGGAGCUACGAGGACUGGGGGGUGGAUGAGCUUAUCAUCACUGACUGAGCCUCGGAGCUGGCCCGGCCCCGGGCCUUCGCCUGUUUCUAGCCUCACUUUAUACUUGUACAUAAUAAACUGUUUAACCUCUGA